AUACCUGUGAUGUAAUAAGAAGAAAAAAAGAGCAGAAUCCAAAAUUAAAUUCGUGUCUUCAGAUCCCAGAAUUCUUGGUUUCAGUUCUCACUGCCAUAUACAAGUGUACUCAGGCUUGGUUAUAAAAUAUUUAACCACGAGAGAAGGAUCCGCAGGAGCCCAGGGCCUGAGAUGAGCUUAGAGUCCUUAUUUCAGCACAUCAUCUUCACGGAGCAUCGGGCUGAGGAGAGUCGCCGUUUGAUGCGAGAAGUAAGAUCCGAAAUAAAUAGAUGUCGUGAAAAAAUUAAGAAAGCAACAGAGAAGCUGAAUGAAGAGAAAAUGGAGUUGGAAUCUCAGGUUCAGCAGUUUUCUGAAAAAUCCUUCUUCUUAAACCUUUUGAAAACUCAUGAAAAUGCUUUAGAAAGACAAUUCAGUGAAAUUACAAAUGAAAGGAAUAUGCUUCUCCAAACCUUUGAGGCUACAAAGAAAAAAGUAAUGGAGGAGGAGGAAAAAUUUAUGAAAGAAAUUACAGACUUCAAUAAUGAGUAUGAAAUAACAAAGAAAAGAGAACUUUUGAUGAAAGAAAAUGUCAAGAUUGAAAUAUCUAACUUAGAAAACCAGGCAAACAUUUUGAAAAUGGAAAUGAAGUCAAUGGAACGUGACAGUGACCCAUUAAAUGAACUCCAAAAACAAAAGAGUGAAUUGCUACAAGAAUUAUUUACUCUCCAGAGAAAACUUAAAGCUUUUGAAGAUGAAGAAAAGGAAUCCAUUUGUACUACCAAAUACCUAGAGGCAGAAAAAAUAAAAAUCAAUAAAAAGCCUCAAAAUGAUGCAGAAUGCUUAAGACUUAAAAAAGAAUUAGAACUUUAUAAGGAAGAUGACUUGGAAAGUGUUUAUGAAGCUCUCCAAACAGAAAUAGAAUUUUUGGAAUUGACAUUAGCACAGAAAGAUCUUCAGAAAAACAAAUAACAGACAGAAUUGAUCAACCAUCUGAGAUCUGAUCAAAGCAUCUUAAAAUCCAAUCUUCGUGCUAGAUGCAUAAAUGGUACCCAUUACAACAGAUUCUUGUGGUUCAGAGUAUUCAAAGUUGUUGAUAUCUAGAAUUUAUUAGCACUUUAAAAUAAUAACAUUUUUGUCUUGUUGCUCACUAGAACUUGAAGGGUUCUUAUGUGGUUUGAUUUUGUUUCUAAGGGGAAUGGAGAAGUAGUAGAUAUUGUGUUCCCAGGCUUCUUGUAUACCCCUGAUCCUUAAGUGGAUCUAUCCUUUCUGAUCCACACUUUUCAUUCUUUGUUGUAGCUUACCAUAGGUCCAAACACAUAUAGGAAGAAAUGCUCAGAUUAUUGACCCAAUUGUGUUGGUGCCAUUUCUACCAGCAGAAGUACCUACUAACAAAGGUGCUUACUUUCAUUUUAAUCCUUCUGUAAUUAUAAGAUGUCUGUUGACAGAGGUCCUCUGAGGCCUUUCAUCUGCAAAAGCCAGUUUUCUCUACUUUUCGCUAUGUGUCUAUAAAGUCUGGGGCACCUGCAGCCAUUUUCCAGGAGUUUGUGCCUGCCAGUUUUCUUCCUAAUGGCAGUGUUGGUUAGAAUGAAAUAAGUUAUCUCCUGGGGAGGUACAUAAUUUCCUUAUAGCCAUCAGGAUUCAUUUUCUCUGAUGGCCUAAAACACUGUAACUGUAAACAGCAUAUUUAUGGUUGGAUCAAACUUGGUAUUGCUACCAGAUUUCCAGCAUUACUUAUCUUUUUGCUGUUACCACUCCUGACUAGAUAGAAAGUCUGUUGUCUAAAAUUUAGUAUAUUGAAAUGGUUUAACAAGGCCCUAGAUUGGCAUAGGUCAGGGAGGAAAACAAAACUUACUUGGGGAUAUAUUUCAAAAUACUGAGUGCUAAAGUUAAAACCAUGUUUUUUGAGUGUGUUUGUAGCUGAAUUAUUGUCAAAUAUGAAAUGUUUACAAAUGCCUUAUAUCUACUGAUGUUAAGGUACAGUAGUUAGGUAUAUCUAAGUUUCAGAGCAGAGCCUGUACAAGCCUUAUUUCAGAGCAAAUCUUAUUUUGACAUAGCUUUUUUGUAUAAGUUGUUUUAUACUCUUAUUUUUUAAAAAUUAGCAAAGUUAAAACCCUCCUUUGGGAUGUGUAGCAA